UAUUUUUUUCUAAAUUUUCUAAAUAUGUUAGAGAAAACUCAUAUUAACGGUCACAUUUUAUUUAACGUUAAACUGCAUUAAUUAAUUUCUUAUGUUCACUUGAAAAUACGUUUAUGUUUGUGUUUGAGUGUUUAAUCUCUUAUAAAUAUGAGACAAAAUUUCAUUCUAAAAUACCAGAUACAAACAUUUUAAUAUAUUAUAUUAAUAACAUUUGCCACUUAUUUCGAAAACAUUGGCACAAUGGCUCACACUUCUUCCCGAACUACUAUCGUAUUCAUUGUUGUUGCUUUGAUUUGUGCGUUCGUUCCUGCAUUCUCUGUUGAAGAAGCUGAAGCAAAAUCACUAUGGGAUACCUGUCUUCUUAAAAUCAGUCCAAAAUGUGCGUUGGAUAUAAUUGGUGUUGUCUUUGAAAAUUUAACCAUCACUGAUGCAUGUUGUCAUGAUCUUGUACAAGAAGGAAAAAUGUGUCACGAUACUCUUAUCAAAUAUAUUGCUGAGAAGCCGCAUUUAGUUGCCCACGAAACAGAGUAUUUGAAGAAAAGUGAUGAUUUGUGGACUCAUUGUGUCUCAGUUUCGCAAACUGCUUAAAAAUAGGUUAUGCUUGUAUUGAUCUACAAAAUUUUUAUUUAACUAUCGUUAAAUUUUAUUUGAUCAAAAAUCGUGGAUCAAACAGUAUGCAAUAUAAAGCGACCAUCAAGUGAAUCUCAUUCUAAAUGAAUAAAUACAUAUAUUAACUGAAUUGAAAAACAAUGUGCUAACCAUACAAGAUUGUUAAACUAAUAACAAGACAUAUAUGAAUAAUUUCAAACAAUAUUGCUUAAUUACUUUGACUUAACUUAUCUUUAAUUUUAAAAAUUAAUUUUCCUCUACGAUUUCAAUCAUUAUUUUUACAUACACUGAAAAUUAUCUUGGAUAAUUUAAAACAAGAAGCUAAGAAAAUAUCUAAUGUUUCACCUUCGAAACCUUUGAGUUUAGUAGUACAUGCUAAUAUAAUGGCUUGGGAAAAAAAACUAUUUUGAAUACUCAUGUAGUCGACGAUUUUGUAAAUACGAUCAUUUA